AUGAAACUAAUUUUAUUAUUGUCAUAUUUUUUCUAUAUUAAUAUUAUAUUUGCAGAUGACAAUAAUAAUGAUGAUGUUGUUAAUAUGGCUUGUAAAAGAAAUCCAAAAUUACGUUUUUGUAGAACUUCCUCUAAUAAUGAUGUACGAAGAUCAGAACCAAAUAUUGAAUCAGAAGAAAAUAAAGAUUUAAUAAUACCACCACCUGUACCAAAAAAUGAGGGAAUAUUUUUAGACAGUUAUGAGGAUGACGUGGAACAAGCUAAAAUACAAAAGAAAUAUCGUAAACGUAUUCAGAAAGUUACACCAGCUCCUGCUAGACAAAAUAUUUUGUUUACCAUACUUCCAUCUCUUCAAAAAAAGUCAUCUAAUUAUUGUGCAAUAAAUGAAUAUACAUUUGCAACAACAUGUGCUCCAGGCAAAAAACUUAGAUAUGACUUGCAAAUAUUUUGUGAUGAAUUUUCAAGACAAUGUGGUAUUCCUAAUCUUAAUGAAUAUGAAAGUAAAAGAAUAAAUAAAGAAUAUUAUCCUGAAGGAUAUGGGCAAAAACAAGAAAAUGGACAUUUUGGUGUUGGAAAUAGUUUUGCAAUGGGUAUUGGAGCUAUACCAGGUAUGACAAUUGUUGGAUCACGUGGUGCUGAUGUUGGAAAAUUACCAUUCCUUGAUUCAAUAGGUGGUAUGAUGUUUAACAAAGGAAGUGAUAUUGGAAUACUGGGUGAAAGAGUUGGUAGAGGACCAGAAAGAACAAUGGAAGCACUAAAAUCAGGAAUUCCUAGCUUUGGUCUUAAUCCUGAUACAAAGGCAGCUGAUGAGAGAGCACAAAAUGCUGCAUUACGUUCUCUUGGCAUUCCACCAAUACCAGGUCUUGCUAAAGCACUUGGAGCAUUAAAUAAAAAUGUAAAGAAAAAGAAAUUCAUGGGAUUUGAACCUGGUUAUGAUGCUCUUAAUAAGCAUGCUAUUAUAGCAACAGGAAAAUCUGAUGGUAAUAAUGUUAAUUUACCUGGUGGUAUGGGUACGGUAGAAUAUUUAGAAGGUGUUGGAAUGGGAAUUGGUAAAAAGUAA